AUGUACCACUACUCUACUCCACCCCCCGGGUGGUCCUCCUUCGACUACAUGAACUCCCCGCCGACGUCGCCUCACUACGCCUACUACGCGACGCAGUUCACCAACCCCUUUGGCUCUCCUCGAGGCCCGACCAAGACUCGCCACGCCCGCAAGGCCAGCUACGCGGCGCCCCCCAGCAAGGACACAGGCGCAUGGCACUCCGGCUACGGUCAAGGCUUCUACGGCGCAAUGCCCGAAUUUGGCACUCCGUCCAAACACCCGGAAAAUGUAAGUGCCUUUUUUGGUCGCAGUCCGUCCUCUCGUCGCAAAACCAUGUCCGGUGGUGUCCCCGCGGGCGCCUACUACGACUACGGUGCUGCCGCUCCCCGGCCGCAGUCAUCCCGGAAGCGAUCUAUCUAUGUGGAUGUGGUCGAUGAUGGAUACGAUGAUAUGCCCAGAUACGCCUCGCGCGAGGAACCGAACAAGUCCCGUCGGCGUCCGUCAGCGUCUCAACGGAAGCCAAAGCCAGCAACUGAUCCAUUCUACUCUACUCAGGUUCCCGCUUCUGCCUAUGAAGAUGAUGCUGCCAAGCGAUCGCGCGCUCGCCGCCAGUCCACAUCCACCCGGAACGUGCCCAAACCCAAGCCGGCGACGGCGUCUAAGCCCCCGCCAAAGGCCACCGAGGAGGAUGCCGUGCGCGCAAAGAUCCCGCCCGGCUACUCGCUCAAGAACUGGGAUCCCACGGAAGCGCCGAUUAUUUUGCUAGGCAGUGUGUUCGACGCCAACUCCCUCGGCAAGUGGAUCUACGACUGGACCGUCUUCCACCACGGCGCCUCAACCCCAAUGGCCGAUGUCGCGGGCGAACUCUGGCUGUUGCUCAUCAAACUUGCCGGCAAGAUCAAGCGCGCCGCGGAGUGCGUCGACCGGAUCAAGGACGUCGAAUCGCAAGAAACGGUGGAGGACUUUUUGGAAAGCGGCAAGCGGCUGUGGAAGCGGUUCAAGAAGCUGCUGCAGACGUGCGAGCAGUUCAUGUGGAAGGCUGCGAAGCGAGAGGACGGCAAGAGUGUGUCGAUGGGCCGCAACGCGGGCUGCGAAUUUGUGGAGUCGAUCUUCGGUCGCGAUCGCGAGCUGGAGAACACGGAGAAGCUGAUGAACAGCAUCCGUGUGUGGAACAUGCGAUUUGACGCGAACUGCGAUGAUAUCCUGCGAAAGCGAACCGCCUAG